AUGACAGGUAAAGAGGAAAUGGUCUCCGACAAUUUUAACAAGUCCAAAACGGUCUCGAUUUCUCCAAACCUGACAAGCAACGAGCGGCCGAAAGGCCUCCCCGGCUCCGGGAAUCCGUCGCGGUGCACGGGCUUUGGGAUCCAGGAGAUUCUCGGACUGAAUAAAGAGCCGCCCGCCUCCACGCGGAUCAUCUCCGAUUCCCUGCCGGCCGCGGCUCACCUGGUGGCGGCCAGGAGCGUGCUGACUCCCGCUGGGGUGGGGCUGGUCGGCGCCGCCGCUCUACCGGCUUUCUACGGGCAGUCGGCCUUCCUGGAUGUGUUGUCCGAACACCCGGGAAUCCACGCAGCUCCUCCCGCUCACCUGCAACCUCCACGCCGGGGCGCAAUCCACCUGGAGACCUGUCAGGAAGUCAGUUCAGAUUCUGAAGACAUUUCGUCAAGUGACAGGAAACUUUCCAAAUCCAACCUGAGCCAAACAAAAAAGAGAAAGAAAAGACGCCACAGGACUAUAUUCACUUCUUACCAGUUGGAGGAGCUGGAAAAGGCAUUUAAUGAAGCUCACUAUCCAGACGUAUAUGCACGGGAAAUGCUGGCCAUGAAAACAGAGUUGCCAGAAGACAGGAUUCAGGUCUGGUUCCAGAACCGCAGAGCCAAGUGGAGAAAACGGGAGAAAUGCUGGGGCCGCAGUAGUGUCAUGGCCGAGUAUGGGCUGUACGGAGCGAUGGUGCGGCACUCCAUCCCGCUGCCGGAAUCCAUCCUGAAAUCCGCAAAGGAUGGCAUCAUGGAAUCCUGCGCUCCGUGGCUUCUUGUUCAAGAUGGCUUACCAAUGACCAGACGCUUUUUUAAAACCGAGUACCAACAAUUCUUUCUAGGAAUGCACAAAAAGUCCCUCGAGGCGUCUGAGGUGGUGAGGAAAGUGGAAGCCGAGCACAGCAGUCAAGCCAGCCAGGAUGACCUGGAGCGUGAAGCCAAGGGCAAGGAUUCCAACGUGGCCAUUUCCAAAGAGGAACUGCGGGAGAGCAGCAUAGCAGCCCUCAGGGCGAAAGCACAGGAGCACAGUGCUAAAGUGUUAGGAACGGUGUCCAGUGACGGGCAGAGCAAGAUGGCGGAGGAGGAAAGACCCGACGAGAUGAAGAGCGAGCAGUCUAAAGCAAUGCCUGAUGAGCUGUCGACAGAAAAGUUCUAA